AUGAGUUUCGCCCCAUCGAAGUGUAAAGUACUGCUCAAGGAUUGGCUUUCACCUGCUCCCGUGCUCACUCUUGAAAGUGCACAACUUGAACAGGUAGAUAGUUUCGUCUACCUUGGGAGCUGUGUUUCUGCUGACGGCACUAUUAACAUAGAAGUUUCUCUUCGAAUCGCUAAAGCUCGAUCAGCAUUUGUCAAUCUGAGGCACUUGUGCCGUCAUCACGAUGUCUCAUCCUCACUAAAGGGCCGUGUUUACAGUGCGUCAGUUCGCUCAGUAUUGCUGUAUGGGUGCGAGUCUUGGCCGAUUCGCAUAGAAGACAUGCGUCGUCUUUCUGCAUUCGAUGCCAGUUGCUUAAAGAGGAUCGCUCGUGUUUGGUGGCAACACCGAGUUAAUAGUAAUGACGUUCGACGUCGCAUCUUGGGGAAUGCGAGUAUUCCCUUCAACAAACUGGUUUUGUUGCGCCAGUUGAGAUGGCUCGGUCACGUCCUACGCAUGGCACCUGAGCGUCUACCGCGUCGCGCUCUAUUUGCUCGUCAAGGACCUGUCUGGAGGCGACCGUGUGGUUGUCAGCCUUCUACAUGGCGACAACACAUGAAAUCGCUGACGUCGUAUCUAGCCGCUGUUGGACCCUUACGUCUUCCAGGAUGGGGACCCAAAGAUGAGGAGUGCCAAUGGAUUAACACUCUUGAAGACAUGGCCCGCAACCGAAAUCAGUGGAAGAAUUGUAUUGAUUCACAU